AUGCUGAGCCUCGCCCGCAAGACUCUUAAUCGCGUUCCAAGCUUUCAGGAUCUUCUCCAAGGCAGGAUGUCCCACCCCGAUAUUUCCGUCGAUGUUCUCGUCAUCGGUGCAGGCCCAACUGGCUUGGGUGCUGCAAAGCGAUUGAACCAGAUCAAUGGACCUUCAUGGUUGAUCCUCGACUCCAAUGAGAUCCCCGGUGGUCUGGCUUCUACCGAUGUCACCCCCGAAGGCUUCCUCUACGAUGUCGGUGGCCACGUUAUUUUCUCCCACUACAAGUACUUCGAUGACUGCCUCAACGAGGCCCUGCCCAAGAAGGAUGACUGGUACGACCACCAGCGCAUCUCCUACGUCCGUUGCCAGGAACAGUGGGUGCCGUACCCCUUCCAGAACAACAUCUCCAUGCUUCCCAAGGAGGAGCAGGUGAAGUGUAUCGAUGGCUUGAUCGAUGCCGCGCUCGAGGCCCGUGUCUCCAACACCAAGCCCCAGAACUUUGACGAGUGGAUCGUCCGCAUGAUGGGUACUGGUAUCGCCGAUCUCUUCAUGAGACCUUACAACUACAAGGUUUGGGCUGUGCCCACAACCAAGCUAGCAUAUUCAUGGCAUCAGCUAAUAGCCCAUCAGAUGCAAUGCGCGUGGCUCGGCGAGCGUGUCGCUGCCCCCAACGUCAAAGCCGUGACCACCAACGUCAUUCUCCAGAAGACUGCCGGUAACUGGGGUCCGAACGCGACCUUCCGCUUCCCCGCGCACGGCGGUACCGGUGGCAUCUGGAUUGCCGUUGCCGACACCCUGCCCAAGGAGAAGACCCGUUUCGGUGACAAGGGCAAGGUUGUCAAGGUCAACGCUAACCAGAAGACCGUGGUGCUGCAGGAUGGCACCACGAUCGGCUACGGAAAGCUCGUCUCCACCAUGUCUGUCGACUUCCUCGCCGAGCAGAUGGGCGACCAGGAGCUCGUUGGUCUGACCAAGCAGCUCUUCUACUCCUCCACCCACGUCAUCGGCGUUGGUAUCCGUGGCAGCCGUCCUGACAGAAUCGGCGACAAGUGCUGGCUCUACUUCCCCGAGGACAACUGCCCCUUCUACCGCGCGACCAUUUUCUCCAACUACUCUCCCUACAACCAGCCGGAGAAGUCGAAGAAGCUGGCCACGCAGCAGCUGGCCAACGGAUCCAAGCCCGCGACCACGGAGCCCCAGGAGGGCCCUUACUGGUCGAUCAUGCUGGAGGUGUCCGAGUCGUCGAUGAAGCCCGUCAACCACGAGACGCUGCUGGCGGACUGCAUCCAGGGUCUAGUCAACACGGAGAUGCUGCGUCCCACGGACGAGAUCGUGUCGACCUACCACCGCCGCUUCGACCACGGCUACCCGACCCCCUCGCUCGAGCGUGAAGGCGCGCUGACCCAGAUCCUGCCCAAGCUCCAGGAGAAGGGCAUCUGGUCGCGUGGCCGCUUCGGCUCCUGGCGCUACGAGGUCGGCAACCAGGACCACUCGUUCAUGCUGGGUGUCGAGGCUGUCGACAACAUCGUCAACGGCGCCGUCGAGCUCACCCUCAACUACCCCGACUUCGUCAACGGCCGCCAGAACACGGAACGCCGUCUUGUUGACGGUGCCCAGCUGUUUGCCAAGGGUGCUUGA